AGUCAAAAGAACAAGAAAAAAAAAAUGGAAAUGCCAACUCUGCUUCGUUUCCACGCGCAGGGAAGAGAGGCGGAACCCUAGAAAUCUCCCCCUCGACUCCUCUCACCGGGGCGCCCCCAAACCCUUCGCCUCGUUGUCGCGCCGGGCUCAAUCCCCCGCCGCCGGAGCCGGGCAAUCACGUGCCCAACUCGAUCUCUUCGGGCGGGCGGGCGGCGAGCGGCUGCAGGAUGGUGUUCUACUUCAAGGUGCGCCCCGAGGCCGGCGACUACACCAUCUUCAUGGGCCUCGACAAGUUCGAGAACGAGGACCUCAUCAAGUACGGCUUCCCGGAGGACAUCUGGUUCCAUGUAGAUAAGAUGUCCUCUGCACAUGUAUAUUUGAGAUUAAAUAAGGGUCAGACGAUGGAUGACAUAAGUGAAGGUGUGCUUGAAGAUUGUGCCCAGCUUGUGAAAGCUAAUUCCAUUCAAGGUAAUAAGGCCAAUAACAUUGAUGUGGUUUAUACACCAUGGUACAAUCUAAAGAAGACUCCAUCCAUGGAUGUGGGUCAAGUGGGUUUUCACAACUCUAAAUUGGUUCGGACUAUUAAAGUAGAAAAGCGGAUUAAUGAGAUUGUGAACCGGCUGAAUAAGACAAAGGUGGAGCGCAAGCCUGACUUGAAGGCUGAAAGAGAAGCUGUGAGCGCAGCAGAAAAGGCAGAGAGAAAGGUGCAGCUUAGAGAUAAAAAACGUAGGGAAGAGAUGGAGAGGCUUGAGAAGGAGAAGCAAGCUGAAAUCAGGAGCUACAAGAACCUGAUGGUCCAAGAAAAGAUGACUUCCAACAAGCAAGUUGCAUCUGGUAGCAAGUCCUUGGAGGAACUAGAAGAUGACUUCAUGUGAUAAGAUGAAACAACAAAUUCAUACUGCCAGAGCUCUCUAAACUGUUUCUGUCAAAGACAGGACAGGCAUCUCUAGUUUUGCAAGAUUUGACGAGAUUAUUCUGGGCAGGGCUGCCUUGAUCUGUUAUGCUUCAUACUCUAAUGGCCUUGCGUUGACCUGUUUGAUGUUGUGAAACAAAUCAUUGUGUGGUAUAACUGUGGUUGAUGUAUUUGAUUAGUUAAUCAUCAACCUGGCAAGAUAAUAAAACUCGCUUUCCUUGA